AUGUUGCGACCAUUAUUCUUCGCCGCGUUGACCUGCGUCUGCUUCGUCUCGACUUAUUCGGAUGGUGAAAAGUGGAAUACGAGGGGCAGAAACUGGGGCAGAUCUCCUGCGAGAAAUCGUGGCUGGCAACAUGGAGAAAGACGUCAACAAGUAGCGGAGCCCCCGACGAACCAGGCAUCGGGAUACGGGUCCAGUUUCCGAGAUCGAAGAUCAGUUCUCUCGCUUUUCACCCUCGUCCAAUUCGACAACAGCCUUUGCUCAGGGAUGAACGGCGAGAACGGCACCUGCAUAUCGGCCGCGGAAUGCUCGACGAGAGGCGGCGUUUCCGGCGGACCUUGCGCUAACGGCUACGGCGUCUGUUGCGCUUUGACGGCAAUGUGCGGCCAGACGACGAGCACGAACAACACUUACUUCGUGAACAUGAACUACCCGUCGACCUUUGACGGGACGGAUUCCUGUCAGCUGACGAUCCUCAAGUCGCAUCCGGACGUCUGUCAGUUUCGGCUCGAUUUCGACCAGUUCAACAUCCGGGGACCCGAGCCUACGAAUAACGCUUGUACGAACGACCAGUUCAUCGUCUCCGGGGGAAAUCCGAUCCCUCCGAUUUGCGGCAGCAACAACGGCAACCACAUGUACGUCGACGCCGGAGUUGGACAGGUGAAUCCCGUGAUGCUGACGUUCGUAACGAGCGGCGGAUCCUUCGCGCGAUCCUGGAAAGUCAGGAUCAUCCACGUUCCCUGCAGCAGUAUCUACAGGGCGGAGGAAGGGUGCCUCCAGUACUUCACCGGCGUUUCCGGGAAGAUAAAGUCCUUCAACUACGAGCCUAACACCGGGCUACAGCUGUCCAAUCAGGACUACAGCAUCUGCAUCAGGAUGGAGAGGAACUUUUGCGGGGUGCAGUACAUGCCCUGCAGCGACGCGGACGCUAUGGUAAUGCCAGCCGCAACCCCCCAAGGCGGCCGCCCUCAACCCUCUAGAAGCAACGCGUUCACCCUGACGGGAAACACCCAGGGCACGCAGAUCUCGUCGAUGACGGGGGCCGCCUGCCAAACUGACUGGCUGAUGAUCCCCUGCGCGUCGAACAUGGGCCGACAACCGAACACCGGGGUUCAGUGCACCGACAGGAUAUGCGGAGGGACGUUCAACGCCGAGAAUCAGGUGCUGAACUCCUCGAACGUUAUAAGCACGGUCAAGCCCUUCAGACUCGUCUUUCACACCGACAGCGUCGAGGCGCCGAACGACGUGGGCAACAGGGGAUUUUGCCUCGACUACAUCCAGCAGCCAUGCACGAACGGCAUGAAAUGAGAUGGUGCGGAUAAUUAUAAGUCGGCGAAAUAUGCGUAUCAAUGUGCAAUUUAUGUAUAUCGUAGGUGUACCAAAGUGAUUCGCCUGCAGCGACUGCCUGAUAUUUGUAUAUCAAUAUUCUUCGCCGCCUCGUAAACACGAAGAUGGAUGCGUGCAUAGUUUGACGGAGAUUUCGAGAGAUUGCACGGCUUGUGACCACCGGAUUAUUCUAGUUUCAUGCUGACUCUGUAACGAGGAGAGUUGCGGUCUGGAAAGGUGUUGUAUUAUCGCGAAUCGCAAAGCGUGACGAAGUCCAACCUGUCGAGACUCUCUCGAAUUCUAAUUCUAGAUUUCGCUAUCACAUGCCUUUCGUAUUUGCAGGCAAUUAUAAGAGGGUAUAGUUUAUUUAACGAAUUAACGUAAUCAAGGUCUCGGAUCGUUUAGGCUUCGGAAUAACUUUGUGCAAGCUCGAAACACACAUAUUUAUUUCAAUCAAACGGUUUUACAAAUCACACACUGGGCACUAACAGCACAGUUUUCUUUUCCUCUUUCAAUAUCAUUUUUUAUUUUUAUACCUGAACGCGUGGUUUAACUACGGUUCGAUUCGUUAAAUGCUACGUCGUAUUUAUAUGAUAUAAUAUACAUCGUACGCGGUUUGUGAAUCUGUAAAAUUGUCCGAAGGUCUCGUGUAUAUAUUUAUUAUACAUGCCUAUAAUGUAAACGAUCGAUAAAAUACACAUAAACUACAUACAUGUACAAUCUCGGUAUCGAUUUAAAGAGAUAAGAAUAUCAAUUUUAAAAACACCUAUAAGGAAUAUAAGUAACACGCUCGAUUCGG